AUGAGAGCACAUCUCUGCGGAAGAGCCACGAAAUUUCCAACACAGCUAUUAAAAAUUGGCGAUGGCACGAUGGAAAAUGAAAAUGGUUUUAUCACCCUAGAUCAAUCCGUUGGAAAACUGUUUGUAGCUGAUUCUCGAGAGUACCUCUCUAUUGAUUCAGUCAUCGCAUCUGAAGAUGUUGUUAAUUAUCCUCAGGAGUUUUUAAACUCCCUAACUCCAUCAGGAUUUCCACCCCAUAAGUUGAGUUUGAAAGUUGGAGCUCCAAUUAUGCUACUACGUAAUCUUCAACCCCCGAACCUGUGUAAUGAAACCAGACUGAAAAUUAAAACUCUGGGAAAUAAUGUUAUAGAAGCUACUAUUUUGACAGGUCCAGCAUCAGGACAAAUAGCUUUUAUUCCAAGAAUUUGGAUGAUACCAACUGAUUUACCUUUUCAGUUCAAGAGAUUACAGUUUCCUGUCAAAGUUUCUUUUGCGAUGACAAUUAACGAGUCGCAAGGACAAACUUAUAAUUUUGUGGGGGUAGAUUUACGUUGA